UUGAAGUGAGAUGGCAAUAUUGUGAUCAAAUAUAAAAUGCCAGAGUUCAAAAAUGUUAACUUGGUUAUGCAGAUUGUAUACGAGAGUAAUUAUCUCAAAAAGUGUUUAAAUGUUAUCAACUAACUACGAAAAUAAUUAUACUUAAUCAGUUGGUGUUAAUAAUAAGUGUUGUUUUAUCUAUAUUCAAGUUUCUUGCAAAAUGACGGAUACAAACAAUAAAAAAAUUGGACAAAAUAGUAUUGUCCAACCUUUGUUAACUGAUUUAUACCAAAUAACAAUGGCAUAUGCUUACUGGAAAACUGGAAAAAUAAAUGAUCAAGCAGUGUUUGACUUAUAUUUCAGAAAAAAUCCAUUCCAAGGAGAAUUCACAAUAUUUGCAGGACUCGAAGAAUGUUUGAAAUUUCUUGAAAAAUUUCGGUAUUCCGAUAGUGAUAUCGAAUAUAUUAAACAAGUUCUACCAAGUUCAGUAGAAGAUGAAUUUUAUGAUUAUUUACGAACAAUUACAGCAGAUGAAAUACAAUUUUAUUCUGUUAAAGAAGGAACAGUUGUUUUUCCUAGAGUGCCUUUGAUAAGAAUAGAAGGACCUCUUGUUAUAGCCCAACUUUUGGAGACUACUUUGUUAAAUUUAGUUAAUUAUGCGAGUUUGAUGGCUACAAAUGCAGCCCGCUAUAGAUUAGCAGCAGGAAAACUGCAAUUAUAUGAAUUCGGUUUAAGAAGAGCACAAGGACCUGAUGGUGGUUUAUCAGCCUCUAAAUAUGCGUAUAUUGGUGGUUUUGAUGGAACUAGUAACGUCUUAGCUGGAAAGUUAUUUAAUAUUCCAGUAAAAGGUACACACGCACAUUCUUAUAUAACUUCAUUCAAUAGUUUGGAUAAUUUGAAUACUACAUUAUUAGUUCCAAAAAAUGGGGGAAGUGCUAAGAACUUUUUAGAGAGUGUUCUAACUUGGAGGACAUCUGUAGCUAAAAUAUUCCAUGUACUUUUAUCAGAAGUUAAUGAUGGCGAACUAGCUGCUUUUGUUUCAUUUUCUUUGGCAAUGCCUAAUGGUUUCAUGGCACUAGUAGAUACUUAUGAUGUUAAAAGAAGUGGCUUAAUAAAUUUCUGUGCUGUUGCAUUAGCUUUACAUGAUUUUGGUUACGAAGCUAUAGGUGUAAGACUUGAUAGUGGAGAUUUAGCUUACCUAUCAGGUGUUGCAAGAGAAUAUUUUAAAAAAAUAUCAUCAGAAUAUAAUCUGCCAUAUUUUAGUAAAUUAAAUAUCUUGGCUUCAAAUGAUAUAAAUGAAGAAACUAUAAUAAGUUUGAAUGAACAGGGCCAUUGCAUAGAUUCUUUGGGUAUUGGAACUCACCUGGUUACUUGUCAAAAACAACCUGCAUUGGGAUGUGUGUACAAAUUGGUUGAACUAAAUGGGGAACCAAGGAUUAAACUUAGUCAUGAUGUAGCUAAAGUAACCAUUCCUGGAAAGAAGAAUGUAUACAGACUUUAUGGAAAUACUUUCUCCCUUAUUGAUCUUUUACAAACAGCAGAAGAAAGUCCCCCAACAAUGGAACAAAAAGUUUUAUGUAGGCAUCCCUUUGAGGAAUCAAAAAGGGCGUAUGUUAUACCUUCAAAAGUUGAAACUUUGUUAGUAUUGCAAUGGGUAAAUGGUAAAAUAUUAAGACCUCUACCAACUCUUCAAGAAAUCAAAGAAAAUGUGAAUAGAUCUUUGAAGAUUUUAAGACCUGAUAUUAAGAGAAGCUUAAACCCGACGCCUUACAAAGUUUCAGUGAGUGAUAGUUUAUAUCAUUUUUUACAUAAGUUGUGGUUGGAUAAUGCUCCUAUAGGAGAGUUAUCUUGAUAUGGUUGAUUUACUUUUUCAUUCCAAUUUGUUAUUAUUGUAUGGUAUGAAGGAGUACAAAAUUCAACAUUUUAAGUACAAAUUGUUCAUUGACUUUGGCACAGAAACAAAUUAAUACCUAAACGAAAAGUUGUGUAGAGUACCUCAAAAACUUGAGCCUCAUGUUAAAUAUAGGUAUUGAGCUUGGUUUAUUGUUGAGGACUGCAAUUAGAAAUUUGGUGAACCAUUUAAAACUUAAAUUUACCCAGUGAUAAGUAGUUGAAUAACAAUUUAUCUUUAUUGUUGUGAAAAUCUUUUAUAUCCUCAAUUAUUACAUUGUAAUUUUGUUAAAUGUUUUGAACAUGAAUUAAAUAAUUACUUGUGAUUUCAUAAUCUACUAAAAAAUGUAGAUUUAUAUAAUAUUUACUUAAUUUAUUAAUAUGAGACAUAUUUAUAUCUAUUAUAUACCAAAUGAAUUGAGGUAAAAGCACCAAAGAAAUUUCCAGUGAAUUGUGUCUAAUUAAAUUUUUUUAAGACCAUGCAAUAACUUUAUAAGAUAAGAACUAGGUAUUUAGGCUACUAAAGUCAAAGUUGUAUAGUAUCUUAAAUGUUUAAGUCCAGUACUUCACAUUAUAUAUAGUGUAGAACGUCUAUUACACUGCUCAACAAAAUUUUUUUGUCGCACGAAUACUUGUACCAAAUUUUGAUUGUCACUGAACCAUGGCCACAAAAUAAUAAUAUAUCAGUGGAAAAAAAUUGGUUUCUUUGUGACAUUAAGACAUAUAUUUUUAUAAAAAGUACAAAAACAACUUAGAAAAAAUAUUCCUUAAUUUACAAUACAUGAUUUUCAUGAAUGUUUGGCCUCUGGUAGGUCAGAUUUAAGUCUUCAACAGUAAUCUGCUGGUAUUCCUGGACUUUUUUCCUUAAUAGCGCUUUUCUCGGGAAAGAAAUCCAGAUUAACGUGCAGGAUAUGUAUUUUUGAAGACAUAUUACAUCCCAAUGCUUUGUAUGAAAUUAUAAGCUCAUCGAUUAAAAGUCUUUGUAAUUUUCCGCUUCACGAUUUCCUUGGAAACUUUGAACUACAUUUCCAGGCGAUUUUGCUUCAAAGUUUGUAUCCUUCAUUAUUUCCCAUAUUUGUAGUUUAAUGAAUACUCUCUCUUCAAAUUUACUGCCAUCUUCAGACAUAGCUUUGACAAAAUUUUUCAUCAGGCCGAGCUUUAUAUGAAACAAUGGCAAAAGAAUGUCGUCAGGGUGCACUAAAGGAUCAUUUUUAAUAUUUACUUGCCCUGGAAAAAGUGAUCCACGCUUAGCCCAUCUUUGCAUAGUGACUUUUUCUCAAAUGAAAUGAAACAAUAUUUUUUGUGUAACCAAGCUGUAGCCCAAGCAAAAGAGCAAUGACUUUAAAAUAUCCACAAAUUUUCCAAACGUGUUUACUGUAUUUAAUUUUUUCUCGUAAGUCGCUUUCAGCUUGUAAGGAUUGAUACAACGAUGUCUUCUUGCAAGCUAAUAGAAUGUGGAGUGCCUCAAGGUUCAGUACUAGGCCCUAUUUUGCUUCUCUGUUUAUAAACGACAUCGCUUAACUAGAUGAUGAAAUAAGUCUUUUUGCAGACGAUACUAGAUUCUCUUGAAUCUGAUCUCACGGCAAUUCAUAGGACCAUAUCUAGUGACCUAAUCACCCUUAAAUCAUUGUACGAUUCUAAUCUUCAGUAUCCCAAUGUUUCUAAAACUAAAAUUUUAUCAUAUAAAAAUGCACUGCAGACUUUUUUUAUCAAAUUCCUUGAAAAGAAGUUACAUAGUGCGGCCUUACCUAAAAAAUUAAGCUACUCCUGUUUUGCGCUGAAAUCAGUUUCCAAGAACUAGACUUACCCACCUCCUUAAUAGUUUAUUAUGCCCUUAUUGAGCCGUAUCUCCGUAUUUUCAUAUUGUCAAGACUAGAUAAAAAUAAAACGUUUAUAUUGAACAUUCCAUAAAGCAUUCAAAUUUAAUGAUAGUAGACAUCAUUUUGACUAUGAGAAAAUGCAAAUUUCGUAUCCAAUUUCUAAUAAAUUCAGCUAAAAAAACUGUAAUUUAGAUUGUUCUAGGUCCAAAAAGCUUGUAAUACUAAAGAUGUAUAUUUAAUUAUGAUAGUUAUAAGAAUAAGUAUUUUGGGAAUUUAUAGUUUAUCUGGUUUCUGUUAGUUUAGGCGCAAUUUUACCACUGGGAAUUAAACUAAAGUUUAAACUAUGAAUAAAACUUUAGUUUAAGUCAAUAAUAAACAAAGUUGCGCUAUUUUGCAAGUCACAGUUGAACCUCCUUGAAAUUACUUGUAUUGGUUUUGACUUUUAAUUUUUUAUGGAAGGAAAAAAGAUUCAACUUCUCAGACGAUGAGGUGAUACUUUUGAUCAACAUCGUAACCUAAUUAAGGCAGCUGCUAACUAAAAUUUUAUUUACCUGCUAAUACUACAUUAGCAUCAAGUAAAUUGAUAGUGUAGAUUAUUCUUCUUCAUCAUCGUCAAGUGCAAAUAGUCAUUUUAGCAAAACUACUCAAUAUAAUAUCGGUAAAGUACCGAAGUAUGUCGGUAAACUCCAUCUAUAAAACGUGCAAAAGUGAAUAUAACUGUGGUUUGAACACACGUUUUAGGUUAAAACUUCCUUACCUUGCUCUCUGUAUCUUUGAUAUUAAGUCUAUGAUCGAAUGUCGAGAAAUCGAUAUUAACACCAAUUGAUACCAUCUAUUCCUAACCUCUCUGGUAAACAAUGUUAAUUGGAAAGCCUGCUCUAUAAACGAGAGUAAAUCUCGAUUUAUGCAGCCAAAAUUAACAUUAAACUGAACUUUCUUGUUUGGUAAUUUUUUGGUUUAUGCAGUAAAUUAAGGAUAAUUAUAAAUUAAUUAGAAUGCUGAAGUUUGCAUUGACGAUCGUCUUCCAUUUGGCGGUGGGUCAGAUAUGGUUUGGGCGGGAAUCACUGCACAAGAUCGUACAAAGUUGGUCUUCAUAGAAAAUGGCUCCCUAACCUCUCACAGGUACAUUACGUAGGUGCUAGAAGACCAUGUUAUGCCUUUCAUGGUGACUAUGGGAGAACGUGGCAUUAUUAUGCAAGAUAAAGCGAAACCACAUACAGCCAGAAUUGUCAGGGGGUAUCUGGAUGACGUAGAAGUUAGGUGGUUUAACUGGAUAGCCCGCAGCCCAGACAUGAAUCCCAUAGAACCUGUCUGGGAUGAGUUGGGACGACUGAUCUGCAGACACACACCAAGAACUGCUCAGGAGCUGAGAAAAUUGCUGUUGCAGGAAUGGGAUAACAUCGAGCAGAAUGUGAUCCGCAACUUAAUUCAAAGUACGACGCGCCGACUUCAAGCAGUCAUCAAUGCAAUAGGAGGGAAUACUCAUUAAGUCCAAAAAAAGCUUUAGUAUAGAGUAUCACAUUCAGCUUACAAAAGCACAUGCAAUGAUGUACAAUUGGCGAAUAUGUACUAUCUGAAAACUUAAAAUUUCAAAGAACAUGAAACCUCAAUUCUUUGCUCGCCAGUUUAUAAAAAAAAAUAAGAAUGCAAAGGAAUUGAUAUUUGAAAAAUUAGCUAAGAUUGAUGUUAAUCUCAAUAGAAGUUUUGUCAUUUUCUUUUUCCUGGCCAGAAGGAUAGGUGUCCAUGUACUAAGCAUACUACAGAAGUAGUGAUUGCUCAAGUAGUAAUUAUACGUAGACUUUUUAAAAAUAACAAUUGAAAAUAUAUCCGUUCAUAUAGGAACAUAAUUUACCAGCAGCCAUAAAAGUUUAUUUUCUUCAUACCUCGUUUAGAGUACGUACGUUCGUUCCUAAAUGUUUAACUUUCGUCUCUGCAAAAAAGAACGUACCUUCGACCGAGGUAUGGAAAAAAUCGUAUACACUACACGGGCCGAAAGUUGAAAUCUCGGCCUGCGCGUCAUGAUUCCCGAAAAUUCAACUUUCAUCUCUUGUUAAUUUUCCAAAUUAAUUAUUCGUAGUAAAGGUAUUUACAAAAUACACGAGAAUCCAACUUUAUAGUUGGAAAGUCUAAUGCGUUGCCCUAAAUAUAAAGUUGAUUCCACUUAUUUAUAUAAAUUUGUACAGGAAAAUUUUCAUAUUUGAGAAUAUUAUGUUACCCAUUUUUAAUAAAGUACGAAAUAAAGUUUAUCUUGUCAUAAUAGUUUUUAAAUGCAAUAAACGAAUUUU